CUUGCCAAUAAUCGCCAUAUUUAGCGUUUGCACCAGAUAUAUAAGUAGAAGCUCAUUGGCGUGUUCUCCAUUAGUUUACGACACUUCGUCAAAAGUGUGUCUCUUGUGAAACAAAUUAUUGAAAUAAAAAUGAUAAAAUCCUUCGCACUACUCGUCUGUCUAAUGGCAACCGCCGUGGUGGCCAAUGCAAGUACUAUCGCCGACGCAGCUUUACACGGCGGAUCGCUAUCCACCGAGGAUUUACAACAAUGUUACGAGAACGCAAAUCUGGCGGAAACUGAUUUGAUUACAAACGUGGAAAUAAAAAAUGGUUCCUAUAAGAAUCCCGAAAAUGAAGAAAAAACGAGGAAAAAUGGUUGUUUCACAUUGUGCAUUUUGCAAAAGCGAGGCAUAAUUACGGAGUCAGAGAUUCAGAAAGACAAGCUGUACGGCAAAUCGGCACAUGCUCAUUUAAAUCCUGGUACUCAGGCCGCAAUCUACGCAACCGUGCAUCGUUGUGUCGAACAAGUUAAAACAAAACCGGACAUGUGCGACAAGUCUCUCGAUCUCUUGAUAUGCCUCUGGAAAGAUUUUAUGUAAUUUCGCAAGGAUAAUGACCAGAUCUAUGAAUUAAUUUGUUUAUUUUGAAGUAAUGACAAGAAAAAUAUAAUAAAUUAAUAUCACAAUUAU